CCAUGGCACUAUAGCUUCCUCUCCUCCAUAUCUCAUCUCUAAAGAUUCAAUGAGAAUUCUCCAUUAAACUGAAACGAAACGAAACGAUUGUAUUCAUGGAAGGGUUAAUCCUCCCUUCCAUUUCCCGAUCACCGCCAACAAUUUCUCUUAAACAAGAUAACCAUUCAGAUGCUUCACUCAAAUUCAUCAAGUCCAAGAUUUCCUUGAACAGAACCCUCGAAUCACCAUACCCAGAAAGGGAAAAGAGAAUCUUGGACGCGUAUAUCGAUUCUCUCGCUAAACGUGGACGUCUCAGGGAAGCCAUAGCUGCUCUCGACUCUGUUUCAUCUCGUGGUUCCAAGGUAACUCCCAAAACCUUCAUCAAUUUGAUAGAUUCUUGCAUUGCGUUGAAUUCACUGGAUUUAGGUCUUCAACUCCACAAACGACUAGACUUGCUUAGUGAGGAUGACCCUUUUGUUGAGACUAAGUUAGUGAGUAUGUACGCUAAAUGUGGUAAUUUAGGUAAAGCACGUAAGGUGUUUGAUCAAAUGCGUGAGAGAAAUUUGUAUACAUGGUCUGCUGUAAUUGGUGCUUUUUCUAGAGCUCGUAAAUGGUCAGAAGUUGUGGACCUUUUCUUUCUAAUGAUGGAAGAUGAUAUUCUUCCUGAUGAAUUCCUCUUUCAAAAGAUCUUACCUGCCUGUGGGAACUGUGGAAAUUUUGAGGUUGGGAAGUUGAUUCAUUCAAUUGUUCUUCGGUGUGGUAUGCAUCAUGACAUACGUUUAAACAACUCGAUUCUUGCAGUUUACGCGAAAUGUGGAGAUGUUUUUUCAGUAAGGAGAUUCUUUGAUAAGAUGGAUGAGAAGGAUGUUGUUUCGUGGAACUCUCUGAUAACUGCUUAUUGCCAGAAUGGGGAUGUUAAAGAGGCGCGUCAACUGAUGGAUUCGAUGUACGCUAAUUGUGUCGAACCGGGGCUAGUGACAUGGAAUAUAUUGAUAACAAGCUUGAAUCGAUAUGGAAAUUGCGAUCAGGCAAUGGAAUUGAUUAAGGAAAUGGAGAGUUUUGGGAUAAUUCCUGAUAUUGUGACAUGGACAUCAAUGAUCUCGGGUUUAGGCCAGAAUAAUAGAGAAAGCCAGGCUUUGGAUUUAUUCGGUGAAAUAUUCUCUUCGGGAAUGGAACCGAAUGAAAUCACACUUAUGAGUACAAUCUCCGCAGCUGCCUCGGUUAAAAAGUUAAGGAAAGGGAAAGAACUUCAUUCGAUUUCUGUUAAAACUGGAUUUGCAGAUGAUGUUUUGGUUGGAAAUGCACUUAUCGAUAUGUACUCAAAGUGCGGAAAACUCGAUUACGCUCGAAGUAUCUUCGAUUUAAUCGUGGAUAAAGACGCGUAUACAUGGAAUUCGAUGAUAGGAGGGUAUUAUCAAGCAGGGUAUUGUGGGAAAGCCCAUGAACUGUUUAUAAAAAUGCAGGAAUCCGAUAUAGUACCGAAUAUAAUCACGUGGAAUACGAUGAUCACUGGUUUUUUAGAAAACGGCGACGAGGAUCAAGCAUUGGAUAUCUUCUCGAGAAUGGGUAAACGCGAUACAGCUUCAUGGAACGCUCUUAUAGCUGGAUAUUUACAAACCGGUCAGAAAGAUAAAGCCUUGAAGUUGUUUAAACAAAUGCAGUCUCUAAACGUUAGACCCAAUUCGGUUACAAUCUUGAGCACAUUACCCGCUUGCGCAACAUUGCUCGCGGUUAAAAAGGUUAAGGAGAUACAUUGUUGUGUCGUUAGAAGAAACCUAGGUACGGAUUUGUCUGUUCUGAAUUCUCUAAUUGAUACUUAUGCGAAAUCGGGAGAGAUCGAUUACUCGAGGACAUUAUUUGAAUUUUCGAAAAGGAAAGAUUUCAUUACUUGGAACGCGAUGAUCACGGGUUAUGUUCUACACGGUUAUCCAAACAGUGCAUUAGACGUUUACAAACAGAUGGAGAAAACAGGUCUGAAACCUAACCGGGGAACUUUCGUUAGUUUAAUCGCUGCUUGUGGUUUAGCUGGUUAUGUCGAGGAAGGUAAACAAGCUUUCUUCAGAAUGACUCCUGAAUAUAAUAUUUUACCUUGUUCGGAACAUUAUGUGGCUAUGAUCGAUUUAUUCGGUCGUUCGGGUAGGAUUGAAGAAGCGAUUAACUUUAUUCAAGAGACGGACGUAGAGCCCGAUUUCUCUAUAUUGUCGGCCUUACUAACCGCUUAUAGAAUAAACGGGAAUAUCAAGUUGGCAACAACUGCAGCAGAAAGGCUACUUGAAAUGGAACCAGAAAAUCCUUCAGUUAGGCAAUGCGUUUCGCAGGCUCAUUCAUUGCACGAUAUUACAUCACAUGAUUCAUUAAUACUAAGAAAGCCUAAUAGAUUAAAUGAGAAUCUACUAACUCAUGGAUUGAGUUGGGUUGAAGUUGGAAACGUGGUGCAUGUUUUUGCAGCCGGUGAUCAAUCUAGACUGAACUCGAAGAUAUUACAUUCUUGGGUUAAAACCAUGGUUUCGGAAAUGAGGAUGUUCGACUAUCGUGGGCUUACGAUCGAGGAAGAAGAGAAGGAAGUUAGUUGUGGGAUUCAUAGUGAGAAGAUCGCCAUUGCUUUUGCGAUGAAUGAGUGUCGAACUUCUAAUAAGAAGGUUAUUCGGGUUGUGAAAGAUACGAGAAUGUGUGGAGAUUGUCAUGGAUUCGUUAAGUCUAUUUCUAGGUUGUAUGGUUUUGAAAUAUUUUUGAAAGACAGCAAGUGUUUACAUCAUUUUAGUGGUGGUUGUUGUUCAUGUGGGGAUUAUUGGUAGUUCUAUUACCUAAUAUCUUCAUUCU